AUGGAUUUACAAACCUUAUUACACAACCUACAUGAAGAAGUAUCCUGUUCUGUGUGUAUGAGCCCGUUCACUGAUCCAAAAAUAUUGCCGUGCUUUCAUACAUUUUGCCUUCAUUGUUUGAACGAGCUUCAGCGAACAAGUGGAAAACAUGGCGAGAUUACAUGCCCGGAAUGUCGUAGAAAGUUUCAAGUUCCUGGAAGUGGUUAUCCUCAAGAUUUGCCGGCCAACUUUCGAAUGAACAGUUUGUUGGAUGUAAUGGCUAUUAAAAAAUGUAACGUCGCUGGUGUAAAGUGUGCAAACUGCGACAAAACAAGCGCCCAAAGUUUCUAUUGCUUUAAAUGUUGCGCCUUCUGGUGCGACGAUUGCAUUGCAGCUCAUAACAUUAUCCGAGCCAAUAAAGACCACCGGGUGCUAGCGAUUAAAGAUUUUCAAGAUCAAGACAUUGAAGACGUGUUAAAAAGGCCGGUAUUUUGCCAAAUAGAACAUCACGAAAGCGAAGAGCUGAAGUUCUUUUGUAAAAAUUGUGAAAACGCCAUUUGCAAUACUUGUGCUAUAACACUCCACGAAGGUCACGCUAAGUUGCUUCUUCAGAAUGUUGCCAAUGAACGAAAGUCAAGUCUACAGUCCGCGAUGGAAACUCAGAAAAAAAAGGCUCUUCAGAUGAGAAAUACGAUCACCAGACUACAAAGUGAGUGUAAUGAAAUUCAAGAACAGGUCGCUUGCGUGAAGAAAAGCACGCAGAGUUUUAUUGACAAUUUAAUGAAAGUCUUUGAAGCGAAGAAACAGGAACUGUUUAAAGAGGUGGAAGAGAAAGCUCAAGAGGUGAUCGAGCGUCUGGUAGAGCAACAGUCUGAGGUUGAAUACAAAUUACGGCGGAUCGAGACAUCAAUUGAAGAAACGGAAAGAUUCUUAAAGCGAAGCACAAAUGCUGAGAUUGUGCAGUUUAACACCGUAUUCCAGGAGGAUAUCACUGACGAGGCAGAACUAGUCGACUGUGACCGUAAGGAUCUUUGCCACUUUCUGUUCUUUCCAAACAAAUCAUUGAUGGCUAAAACACAGAGUGAAGGUGUUGGUUUUUUGAAACAAAUCAUCAGCCGGACAAAAUCGAGAAACUCAAAAGCGGAUGGAAAAGGAAUCACUGAGGUGACGGUUGGACUUGAAGCACAGUUUGUUUUAACAACACGAAAUGCUGAGAAUGAACAAUGCUACGAACAGUGUGAUAUCAUUACAGUGGAAAUCAGAAAUGAUGAAGACCUUGAAUGCGCCACUGAAGCACAAGUUCAAGAUACCAAAGAUGGCAGCUACAAUAUCAGCUACUUUGCCAAAGAAGCAGGAACGUGCCAGACAUCAGUGAUGGUAAAUGGAGGACAUAUUAGUGGCAGUCCAUUCACUGUUCAAGUCAAACCCAGACAGUACAAUGCUGUGUUGUCAUUUGGAGGACAAGGCUCAUCCGCUGGAAUGUUUAAUAGACCUUGGGGUGUGGCGGUGAAUGAACGUGAUGAAAUUGCUGUAACUGAUAUAGUAAAUCAGCGGGUUCAGAUAUUUAGUAGUGAUGGAACUUACUUAAGAUCUGUUGGCAGUGAGGGUCGAGAGUUAAAUAAGCCUUCACAUAUAGCUUAUUUAGAUAAUGGAAACAUUGUAGUAGCUGAUAGUGGUAACCACCGACUGCAAAUAUUCACUGGGCGGGGUGAGUACCUUACCCAAAUUGGCAGUGGAGGAAAUCUUGAUCACCAGUUAAAUAAUCCAUGGGGUUUAUCUGUAGACGGUGAUGGUAAUAUUAUUGUUGCCGAUUCAAAUAACAAACUAAUUAAGAUCUUCACUCCAAGCGGCCAGUUUCUAAGGAAGUUUGGAGAAGAUUUGUUAGUUGAUCCCCGUCACUGUAUUCAAAAGGAUCAAUAUUUCAUAGUAUCAGACCUGCUUGAUCACAGUAUCAAAGUGUUCAAUACAGACGGUGAUUUUCUGUAUAAAUUCGGGGAUAAAGGGAAAGGGGAUGGGGCAUUCGAUCGUCCCUAUUUCUUGUCAGUCGACAAAGCAGGACGCCUGAUUGUAAAUGAGUCUGACAAUCACGUGGUUCAGGUAUCAGAACUGAGUGGAAAGUUCCUAACAAAGUUUCAACUAAUGAGUGGGGGAUUACCAGUCUCUACCGCACUUCUGUCUGAUGGUAGGAUAGUAGUGUCUGAUUUUCGUAACAGUCGCAUUCAGAUAAUUAAAUAA